CGUGGCCCCGGCGCCGCUGGAGAGGCGCGGGCUGCGCGGGCACCAUGAGACCCGAGGCGGCGGCCGGAGCCCGGGAGGCGCGGGGGCGCGCCUGUCACUGCCCCGCGGACGGUCCCCGGAGCCCCGAGAGCCCCACACCGUGGAGACCUUGGAUCCUGACACCCCAAGAAGCUGAGCUGACCAGAUCUGGAAGCCCGCUCGACCCUGGAGGUGACCGAGAAAGUCCUGGAUCGAAGGGGGCCUUUGGGUUUCAGCAUCCUGUAAGACUUUAUUUACCCAUUUCAAAGCGCCAAGAAUAUCUGCAGAGUUCUGGGGAAAAAGUGCUGGCCAGUUUCCCAGUGCAAGCCACAAUUCACUUCUACAACGAUGAAUCGGAUCCAGAUGACGAAGAACAAGAGGAAGAGACCCAGUCUUUGAAACUUCAGUGCCAGGAGGCAGAAGGUCGGGUGGAGAAUGGCCCAGGAGGGAAGGGCAGAGGCCAUCUGACAAACCCGGGCUGGAGAUCUGAAGGACGCAGUGGCCUCGAUGGUUAAGGGUCCACUCCCUUAUGGUGACUCUCUGGGGGGGCACUGAGCAUUCUUUGCUCAAAUAAAUGGGGUGUCUCUCCGACACCAGACUUGGCUCACAUCCACCCUUGGGGACAGCUCAGCCAAGACACCUUGCACUCCCCUCCUGUACAGGGGUCUCUGGCCAGCACUGCACUCGCAGCAAGAACUUCGCUUGUUAAGCUUGCUUCUCCUGGUGAUUCUCUUCAGGGCGCUCAUGCAUACCAUCGAGGAGGGAUUCUAGGACCAGGAGGUUUGUGUUGACAUGGGUUGUUACCCGACGGGACCAACUUUCAGAGCACGUUCACUAUGGUGGCUCUGCCAUUACAUGACAGAUUAUUCCAAUGUGAAUUAAAUAACCCACCCCUGCCUCUCACUUACCCUCAGACUCAUUAUUUAGGUAUUUCUAUUUUUGUAAAAAAUGAUUUACAUCAUUUUUUUUACAUCAUUGUACCAACACAAAUGAUGUGUUUGUUUAGUGGCAUUUUGAAAAUACUUAUGAAGAAUAAACAAAAUAGAAUAAUUCCCAUGAGUAACAGAAACUUUAAAUAAUGAAGUUUUAGGGCACAAUUCUGGUUAAAAGUUUAUGAUUUUCGUCUAAGGACUGGAUGUAGGAAGAUAGAAAAGAGCUUUAACUCUUAGUUGGGGACUGGGUUGGGCUUAUUACUUGAAUAAAAUAACACUGUUUUUAAUCAAAUGAUCUAAUAUAAAAUUAUUUUCACUUUUUUUUAUAUUUUGAUGAUCAAAUGAUUGUGUUCCACAAGUUUAUUACUUAACUAUCUUACAUGUGAUUGUCUUCUUCUCUAUAGUACAUUAUAUAAGUUUAUACUUGAAAUAAAUAUUUUGAAA